AUGUACCUUCAAACUGCUCUUCUCUCGUUGUCCGCCCUUGUAGCGGCCAAAGAGCUGCCCAAGGAUGAGAUCAAAGCGGCGAAAUUGUAUGAUUCUGGCAUUAGACAUGCGAACAACGUCGCUAUUAAGAAGGAAUCGUGGGCAUUGCAAGAAGCUGCAGGAGCUUACAACUCCGCGCAGUAUGCCGAGAUCAAGGACAAGGUUGAGUGCAUCAACGGCACCGCGAUUUCGGGAAAGGACACUUUUAAGUGUAGCAACAUUGACCUUCUUCAUUUCCUGUCUCACUCGGAGCUUGGAAGCGCUCGCGGUGUUGGCUCAUCUUCAUGGGGCUGGACAUCAAAAGAUGGACGCGAGUUCGUCGCCAUCGGCCAGCAAGAUGGUGCUGCUUUUGCAGAAAUCAGCAAGGAAGGCAAACUCGUGUACCUCGGACGUCUUCCGCAAUUCUCAACACCAAGCACCUGGCGCGAGAUUCGGGGUCAGAAUGACCUCAUGAUCAUAGGCAGCGAAGCCGAGGGGCAUGGGAUCCAAAUCUUCGACAUGAACAAAUUGCUCGAUAUUGAUCCCUCUAAGCCAGUGACGUUCAGCAACGAAAAGGAUCUUACCGGCCACUACAAGGGCCUUCCUAUUGGUCGCACGCACAACGUUGUCACGAACCCGGAAACAAACUUCAUCUAUGCCGUUGGUGCGCAGCCGAGGAACGACUCCUGCAAAUCAGGCAUCAUCUUCAUCGAUAUUACAGAUCCCUCGAAACCCACGAGCCCGGGCUGUGCGUCUGAAGAUGGCUACGUGCACGACGCGCAGUGCCUCAUCUAUCGCGGCCCAGAUAAGGCAUUCGAGGGCCGUGAAAUCUGUUACGGCUUCAAUGAAGAUACUCUCACCAUCUACGAUGUGACCGACAAGAAGGCUCCUGCCAUCUUGUCCAACACAUCGUAUGAGGGUGCAGCAUACACGCACCAAGGUGUUGUCCUGGACAAGCAAAACCAGCACUACUUGCUCCUCGAUGACGAAUAUGAUGAGUACGACAAGGUCGGCCCCGGUAUUCCAGGAAACCCCAUCACGUACAUCUGGGACAUUUCCUCUCUCAAGGCACCGAAGCAAACCGGACUGUACAGGAGUGGUGCCAAGGGCAUUGACCACAAUCAGUAUGUUGCGGAUGGUUUCGCGUACCAAUCCAACUACGGUACCGGCUUCCGUGUCCUGGAUGUGCGUUCUAUCCCGGAUGACCCAACUGGUGCUGGUGUGAAGGAGAUUGGCUUCUUCGAUGUUUACCCAGAAGACGACAACUUGCCGGGUGGUGGUUCCGUCAAGUUUGUCGGCACAUGGUCUAGCUAUGCGCUCUUCAAGAGUGGCCAUAUUCUCGUCAACACCAUGGAGAGGGGCGCAUUCAUUGUCAAGUUCCAGGAAGGCCAGGGCAAAUAG